ACACGCACACAUGCGCAAGAUGGACUGGGUAUUCCCAUGGACCUAUUACGAAAUUCGUAAUAGGUCCAUGGUAUUCCCCGGCCGCGCGCCGGAGACGAUCGAUGAUUGAUCAAGCGUUGAGGUUACAUUCUGGCUGAAAAUGUCGGUAUUAUCCCAGAUUGUUUCGAUUGUAAAGAUUGCAAAGCAGGUUCAUGAUGCUGUUGAAGAAGUCCAAAGAUCUGAGGAAAGGAGUAAGACUCUUAAUACAUAUGUUCAACUUAUAAUUCAGCCGUUAAAAAUCCUGCGAGAGCAAUGUUCGGAGGAGGAGCUAGAAAGGCAUCGCCUAAGUCGGUCGGGUGGGUCCGGAGACGCUGCCGAUGGUAGAGAACGCACCUGGAUACCAAUGCUCCUUGAGUUCCAACACUGUAUCGAGAAUGUCCUGAAAUUCCUGAAGAAACUCUCAAAUCGCUGGUGGAUUACGAAGUUCUUUAAGAAAGAUAGGAUUCGUGAUACAUUUGAUGGCUUUAACAAUAGUCUAAUGACCUUGGGGCAAGGCCUUACUUUAUCACUUCAGGCAGAAUUCAGGACAUUGUUCACUGAUGAUUUAGUAAAGCAGUGGGACACCACCUUCAAUCGGCUCAACAUAUUGCAAAACGAUGUGAACGAUAUAAGAGCAGAUCAGAAAACUCAGGGUGUGGAUAUAGCGGACAUAGGGGACAUGGUAAAGGAAAUAAAAAUGCUCCAGCAAGUAAAACCACCCACAGAAAAUGAGGGGCACAUCAAAUACUCGGACUUGAGCGAUGUUCAAAGACUCCAUGAGGGAAAGUAUGGGCCUAUCUACAGAGCUAAACACAAGUGCGAAGACAAGCUGCUGGUUUUCAAGACUUUUGAAGACAAUGGGGUUGCUGCAAGGAAAGAACUGAAGGAACAGUGUAAGCUGUGGGAACAGUUGAGAUUUUCUCGCUUCAUUGUUCAUCUCUAUGGUUACACAAUUGACGACAGUGGUUGCAUGUGCUUCGUAGUUGAAUACAUGCCCCUUGGCACCCUCCGUAAGGUGCUCCUUGAUGAAGACAAACAUCCACUACCAUGGGAACGACGGAAGAAGAUUGCCUGGGAUUGUGCUCAAGGUCUUGCUGCAAUCCACUACGGACAAGCAAAAUCGUUGCUACAUCGGGCAAUCACCUCUAAUAGAUUCAUGUUGAAUGAGGACUACAGAGCCAAGAUCUCUGAUAACGGCUUUGUGAAGUCGGGGUCUAAGAUAAGUACGAGUAAAUCAUCAGCGACAUAUCGUGGAAGUCUGGAUGAUGAUGAAACUAAUUACCUCUGCCCUGAGGAGACGACUGAACCCUUUAAGAGAACGAUCAAGAGUGAAGUCUACAAACUUGGAAUAGUGUUUUAUGAAAUAGCUGCAAGGAAAAGACCAUUCCAGGUGAUGGAAGAAAAAGAAGCGAAGCAAAUGGAAAAAGCAAUGAAGUGGAAGUUCACCAAGGAAGGAAAGAAGGAAGAGCCUCCUUCGGAUACGCCAGAAGACUUCAAGCAACUCAUCAACCGUUGUAGAGAAACAGAUCAUUGUAAUAGACCUUCUACCAUGGAUGUUGUCCGCGCCCUUGAGAAAAUGUGUUUUCCAGAGCUUUAUAAAUAAGAAAGAAAGAAGUUCUUCUACAUGUACCUUAUUCGGAUUCAGAUCCUUAUCAAAACAGCUAUUGGCAUGGUCAACUUUCCAUCUUCCUAAAGGGGCUUUCACAAUUGCUUGUACGAUCGUUUGUGAUCAUUUGGUCACAAUAUAUGUUGCACCUGUAACUUCUGGGUUUUUUUCCCCAAUUUGUCGAAACAGUUAGCACACAGAAGCAAUAUUAGAAGGUAAAGCGAAGAUGCCAAUCAUUUUUUGGUGGGGGGGGGGGGUUAUUGCUGAGUAACAAAUUAGAUUACAGGCUGUGCACACUAUGUAAUGAUAUUUUAGAAUACAGACAUUCAUGUAUAUUUUCAUGUUUUUUUUAAUUUUUUAUAUGUGCAAAAUACAAAGGCAAUACACACAGAUUACAUUUUUGGCAAUAUUACGGUAGACUGGCCAAAUGGCCCAAAAUGAACCUCCGUGUUAACUUAUCUUGUAUAGUAUAGAAAAAUAAAAUUGUAUUCUCGUACAAAAUUCAUACUUACAAUGAAAUAAGUUUACAACACUGAUAUGAAUGGCUUUCAUUCAUGUCAUGUAGGAUUUCAACUGAAAUGUGUUAGGCUCUGAACAUGUGCCUCAUUUAUUCUCGAAACUAGGUGUACAUGUAUGUAUACCUCGUAUUUUUGCUGAAUAUACUAGAUGUAGUAUCUGAAAUCAUGUAAUUUGUCAUUUCUAACUAUUCUUCGGCCUGUUAUUGACUAUGUAUUUUUAUGUUUUAUUCACUAUGUGGACGUAAGAGGAAACUGUUGUUUUAAACAUAUAUUUUUGGUUUUUUAGAAAAAAUUGAAGGGUUUGUAUUUGGAAAUUUUAAUACCUAAUAUAUGCAUUUAGCUUUAUACUUUGAAGUACAAUAAUCAUCGUUUUAUAAUAUUCAAGCAUUUAUAUGUUGAAAUAAAAGGCAAUAUACAUGUACACAAAUGAAAUUUUUAUCAAUGAUGGAAUCGAAUAAUGGCCUAGAAUGAAUCCACCGUGUUAACUUAUCUUGUAGAGUAUAGAACAAUGAACGUGUAUUCUCGUAAUUCAUACUUAAAGGACAAGUCCACCCCAACAAAAAGUUUGUUUGAAUAAAAAGAGAAAAAUCCGACAAGCAUAACACUGAAAAUUUCAUCAAAAUGGGAUGUAAAAUAAGAAAGUUAUGACUUUUUACAGUUUCACAUAAUUUCACAAAACAGUUUUAUGCACAUCCUGGUCGGUAUGCAAAUGAGGAGACUGAUGACGUCAUCCACUCACUAUUUUGUAUUUUAUUAUAUGAAAUAUGAAAUAUUCUAAUUUUCUCCCCAUUGUCAAGUGAAACAAGGAUUAAUUCCUCCCUGAACAUGUGGAAUUACCAUUGUUUAGUACUAUAUGGUUCAGUCAAGUUGGUCCUCAAUGUCUAAUCUGUAAGAAAUGAAAUUUUGUAUAAUUCAAACAAUAAAAAACAAAAGAAAUAGUGAGUGAUGUACAUCAUCGACUAACUCAUUUGCAUGUCACUGAGUUGUGCAUAUCACUGUUUUGUGAAAAAUAUGCAAAACUGUAAAAUGCCAUAAUUUCUUAUUUUACAUCUGAUUUUGAUGAAAUUUUCAGCGUUAUGCUAGUUUGAUUUUUUUCUAUUUAUUCAAAUCAACAUUUUUUCUGGGGUGGACUUGACCUUUAAAAUGAAAGAACCAUGGGGUAAAGACACUCUGAUAUGGAUGGCAUUCAUGUUGUAUAGGAUUUCAACUGAAAUGUUUUAGGCUCUGAACAUGUGCCUCAUUUAUUAUCAGAACUACAUGUAUGUAUGCCUCAUAUUUUUUUCUGAAUAUACUACCUGAAAUCAUUUAAUUUCAUUGUCUUUCUAAGCAUUAUUAUUCACUAUGUAAUGUUUAUUCACUAUUCACUAUGUAGAUGUAAGAGAAAACUGUUUUUAAUACAUGUUAGUGAUUUUUUUUUUUAAUUUAAUUCAUUUGUACUUGGAAUGUAUACCUGUACAUUUUAGCAUUGUAUUUUGAAAUACAAUGCUCAAUAUCAUUCUUUAAACUGUUCAAGCAUUUGAAUAUUCAUUACCUUUAUUCAAAAUUUGUAAGCAUAGUUCAUAGAUGAAUUUGAAUCCAAUAUGGAAAUGAUAAUAAUUCUUAUGGUAUCUAAAUGAAAUGUCAAAUGAACUUUCAUUGUACUGUCUAUCAGUACAUUUCAUUCUGUUUCUUUUCCUGUUCCUUAUUAAUCUUUAUGUCAUAAAUUUUUGCAAUGGUAAUGAAUACCUUUACGGUCGCCAUGCAAACGAUUUCUAUACGUAGCAAUAAUUGGCAUGAAAUUGUUUGUACGGUGUUCAUAAAGGUGUUUUGACCCCAGCAAACAAGUGCAUUUACUCAGAAAAGGGAAAGAAGGCUUUGGGAUAACAGUCAGCUAGCUUUUUUCCAUACCCAGGUGCCAUGGCCAGGGCCCCGUCUUACAAAGAGUUGCGAUUGAUGCAAUCAAUCGCAACCAUGGAAUUUCAGCAAAGUCAACAUAUAAAGUGCAUGUGUAUUUUUUUUUAAAUCUAGAUAUGAAUGUAUAUCCAUAAAUUCAUUGAUUUCUUGACAAUUUUGGUGUGAUCUCCUUUGUUUACAAAGGAUAUUUUGCAAAUUUCCUGUAGAAAAAAUUAUGACACUGAUGGAUUUCCAUAGAGUUACGAUUGAUUGGAUCAAUCGUAACUCUUUGUAAGAUGGGGCCCGGUUGAACCUGCUAAUUAAAGCUUUCAAAUAUACAUGUAUACCUGCAUUGAUUCUGAUUCUGUUCAUGAAUGUUCGUUAAUUUUGUAUUUGUGGUGAUUUUGCUGGUUCCAUGACAUUUUCUCCGGCAACAAUUAUUGCUCCAAUGGAAAAUCUGCUCAUGACGCCAAACAUAUAACCAAAUCUCAAUAACUAGAUAAUCCAUGUCUCUAUGUUAUUCUGAACCAAAAACUCUAUAAUAAUCCUAACUCUAACCCUAUGCCCUUUUAUAUUAAGACCGGAGCAAAUGCUGUGUCACCGACUUUGCCAUCCAUUGAUAACUCUCACAGAAUCUUCUGCCGCAGAAGCAAAUGUUGUGUCACUGACUUUGCCAUCCAAUGGUAACUUUCACAGAAUCUUUUACUAUGACUGCUUGUUGAGCCAUAUUACCAUCAUGGUACAUGUACAUGUAAUUACCAUAAUAGUAACUUAUAUGCAACAAAGCCAUGGUCUAUACCAUUCCAUGAUUUCCAUGGAAACUGUAUAGAAUUAAUAUACUUUCAUACUAAUCAGGACAGAAAAUA